UUGACCGGCUGUGUUCUGUCCCGACCGCCUCUUUCACCCAUGGCGAUAUCAUCCACCCAACGACUGCCUGUCCUCCCGCUCCCCUUCCCGGUAGUUCUCUUGCCAACGGCCAGGCUGACAAUUCCUAUUAGCCGUGAGCUAGCAGAAAGGUUACAGGCCGUCCUACAUGACUCCGACUCCAAUCAGCCAAGAGUCGUAGCUACCGUUCCAGUUCCUCCUCCUCCUGACCCCUCGAAUGUCUCCAGUUACCCUCCACCUCUUAAUGGUACCGGUCCAGUUCAUGGCACUGCCGCACGUAUCGUGCAUUUAGUUCCCGUGCGCACGCUCUCUGCUUCUGUUUCUCCUCACCAGCCAUACGUCCUUUCACUCCAUGGCUUGACCCGCAUUCGUCUCGCACAACCCCUCGAUCUAGACUCCCAAGUGGCUGACUUUCUUUCUGAACGUACUGUCCAUCAUCCACCAGCCGACCAAACACCAUCUCGUGGGGCAGUAGAAACCUUUAAAGACGCCGCGUUGAGGCUGCUCGACCGUCUAGCGAAAGAUUCCGUGCAAUCUCAGCGUAAAGAUGAUUGGCUCAGGGUCUCCGUAAUGGUAGAGGAUGUUCCAGACCAUCGUUCGGCAUGGAUGGCAGACGUGCUAGUUGCUGCUAUUAACUGUGCCUACGCCGAUAAACUUGCUUUUCUAGCGGCUACUACUGUCGAGGAUCGUCUCCGCCACGCCACCGAACUGUUUGUUAAACAAACUUCCAUAUCCGAAGUGUCGCAGAAGAUUGCGAAUGCGGUCGACGAGUCGCUAUCUCGUCAGCAGAAGGAAUAUUUCUUACGACAACAACUGGCAGCCAUUCAACGGGAGCUUCAAAUUCUACAUACCACCAAUAAUGCAGGCUCUGGCGUCCCAUCUGGAAGUCCUAGUCUCAAGACUGGAGGUCCCGGUAAUGAAGUGGAUGACGACGACCAAGCAGACGCAGAUGACCUUACUGAUUUGAAAAAGAAGAUCGAAGCCCUUGAAGCGGGUAGUGAGGAACGCAAGCUUGGUGUUCGAGAGUGGAGGAGACUAAAGCGUAUUCCGCAAGGCAGUGUCGAGAGUGGUGUGAUUAGAACAUACCUUGAGUGGUUGGCAAGCCUACCUUGGCCCUCCGCGGCGUUGUCAUCGUCUGUGGAUCAAGAGAUAAUCAAAGAGUCUGGGUUCCUUGCCAAGGCUCGUGCCCAACUUGAUGCUGACCACUUCGGUCUUGAUCAGAUCAAGCGCCGACUCAUUGAAUAUCUUGCAGUGCUUAGACUGCGUGCAGUAACGGAGGCUGCGUCGCAAGCAUCAGUGUCCCAACAACCGAUGUUGCAACUGGCCGCAGCGUCUGCCCAGUCCGCUGAUCGAAACUGUGCAAGGAAAGGCGUCAAGGGGCCCAUUUUACUGUUCGUGGGUCCACCGGGAACUGGCAAGACCUCUCUUGGUCAGUCAAUCGCUAAGGCGUUAGGCAGACCUUUCCAGCGCAUAUCUUUGGGUGGAGUAAGAGACGAGGCGGAAAUAAGGGGUCAUCGAAGAACAUAUGUCGCUUCUGGGCCGGGAAUGAUUGUCCAAGCACUGAGGAAAGCGGGUCGUAUCGACCCGGUGAUUCUCCUAGAUGAGAUUGAUAAAGUUGGUCAAAGUAAUUUUCACGGUGAUCCAGCUGCUGCCUUGUUGGAAGUGUUGGACCCAGAACAAAACCACGCAUUCAAUGACCACUACAUCAAUGUCCCAGUUGACCUCAGUCGGGUUCUCUUUAUCUGCACGUGCAAUGCACUCGAUUCAAUCUCUGCUCCACUCCUCGACCGGUGCGAGGUAGUCGAGUUAUCAGGCUAUACAUAUGACGAGAAGAUCAAUAUUGCCCGACGGUAUCUCUUGCCAAAGCAACUCAGGGCUAACGGUUUGUCGGAAUCAUUACUAGCCUUAACGGAUAGUGCUCUUCUUCGCAUUGUCACGCUCUAUACCCGCGAAGCAGGGGUACGAGGUCUCGAACGAGCUCUCAGCUCCGUUGCACGUUUCAAGGCUGUGGAAUGGGUGAACCAUCUCGAUAGCAUUGCUGGGACAGAACGAAGCGAUACCGUGCCCAAGGGGUGGCAAAGUGUGGUCAAAGAAGAGGACAUUCAGAGAAUCCUUGGCGUCCCUCGCUGGGACGGUGAAGAACGUGAACGAGAAGAGAAAAUCGGUGUUGUAUAUGGGCUUGUCGUGACUGGUAUGGGAGAAGGGGGGUUAAUGCCUGUGGAGAGCACAGCAGUGCCUGGUUCUGGUCACUUGAAGUUGACCGGCAGUCUUGGAGACGUCAUCAAGGAGAGCGGAGAGAUAGCACUGAGCUGGGUCAAGGCACAUGCAUUUGACCUUGGCAUUACAGCUGGGAAGGGUAUUGAUCCCUUGAAAGUGCCCGAUCCUAUUGAUAUUCACCUUCACCUUCCUGCUGGUGCACAGAAAAAGGAUGGUCCAAGUGCAGGAGUGGCAAUGACAUGUGCUUUGGUGUCGUUGCUGACAGGUGUUAUGGCACCGAAGGAUAUGGCAAUGACCGGUGAGAUAACGCUUCGUGGUCGAGUUACACCGGUUGGUGGUAUAAGGAUGAAAGUGCUUGGUGCACAUCGUGCCAAAGUUCAGAAGAUUAUUCUACCAUGGGCGAACAAAAGAGAAGUUGAACAUGAGGUUGCACUUGAAGUUCGGCAGCAGAUGCAGUUUCAUUUUGUGCAAACCAUUGAUGAGGCACUCGAAGCUGCAUUUGGUAAGGGCGUGUUAGGAUGGAAGAGGGAGGUAAUGGUGAUGGAGAGCCGGCUUUGAUGCACAGUCAAUCCUGUUGGUGAUCUGGUUCAUAUCUCACUGCUUAUUGUACUCUACUUGUAUGUAAUGGCUGCUGUCCUUGAUACAUAUAUCAGUUGGGAAUCACCUUGCUUGAAGGGCAGGAUUUCUG